AGUUGGGAGUAGGUGAGGGAGGAGGCAGAGGAGGAGAAGGAGGAGGGGAUGGAGACAGGAGCCUAAAACGGACUCCAGCGUGGUCCUGUUGUCAGAUCUAUGUUUUCUUCUUGUCAAUCUGCUCGGAUUGGGGAGACGUGUCUGGGUUCUCAAGCAGCCAGUGCGCAGGCGCAGGCCAGUCGGCGCCCCAGAGAAAUGCUCUUGAACGUAGGAAGGAAGGGGAUCACCCUGUCUCCCUGCUUCCCUCUCCCUAGCUCCUUUCCUCUGUCCUCUUCCUCCUCCUCCUCUUCCUCUCCCCGCUUCUUCCUGGUCCUCGCUCCUCCCGCUGUCCGUUUCUCAGUCCUCGCCCUCUUUGCCUUCCUAACGCUCAGACUUUAGCCUUGCCACCGUUAGCGCGCAGCCCGCUGCCCGGAAUGCUCCCGGACGCGCUCCCCUUCCUCCGCAAGGAUAGGAGAGCAGAGGAGAGGAGAGGAUAGGGGGCAGGCUAGGCUAGCUCCGCCUGAGCUACCCCAUCUCUUGCCUCUGCAUGACUUUUUUUCCGUCUGGCUUUGCUCGAUUCCGGCUCUUUGGAUGGUGUUGGGGAUCACCGGGAGCUUAUUAUCCUUUGAGUCCCGGGGAGAUAAGGGGUGACUCGGUAGCCCUGGUGCUUGACUCUUGGAGAGGCAGAGGCAGAGGCGGCGGCUGUGGCAGCGGCUCCUAGCUCGGAGGCGCCCUCGGAGCCCCUCUAUGAGCUGGAGAGGAGCGAGGGAGGAGGGGCCCUCGGAGCAUCUCUUCCCUGGGGUUUAUGCAUGGCACUGACAUGGAGGAAACACCGUUUCGGAAAGUCAAAACGAAGAGGAGGAAGUGUCCGCCCUGCGGCUGCGCCCCCCCGGGGGGCUCCCCGGUGCUUCUGGAGGCCAUCGCGUGCGAGGACGAGUUCGAUUGCAAGGAGCUCGAGUCCCUUUUCCGGAAUUACAACCUGAAACUGGAGCAGACCUCCACGCUCAAGGCGCUAGCCGUGCUCAUCGUCCUGACGGGCACCCUGGCCCUGGGGGAGCUCAUGUCCGGCCCCAGCCUGACCAUCUCCAAGGGUUCACACCCUGUGCAUUGCAUCAUUUUCCUCUCCCUCUUCAUCGUUACCAAUGUCAAGUACCUACAGGUCACCCAGCUCCAGCAAAUUGUCAAACUCACACUGCUGUUCAGUUUCACCUUCGCCUUCCUCUGCUGCCCUUUUUCGCUGGGGGCCUACGGCAUCGAACCUCCCACCUCCCCAGAGGAGGGAAUGUGGCAACUCAUGCUGGUCACCUUCGUUUCCUAUUCUCUGCUGCCUGUGCGGAGCCUGCUGGCCAUCAUCUUUGGGAUAGUAGUGUCCGUCUCCCACCUCAUCGUCACUGCCACUUCAGUGACUGCCAAAAGACACCGACUCUGGAGGACGCUUGGGGCAAAUACUCUGCUUUUUGUCAGUGUAAAUUUGUAUGGGGUCUUUGUGAGGAUUUUGACAGAAAGGGCUCAGAGGAAGGCUUUCCUACAGGCCAGAAACUGCAUAGAGGACAGGCUGAGGCUGGAAGAUGAAAAUGAAAAACAGGAACGACUCCUGAUGAGUCUUUUGCCUAGAAAUGUUGCCAUGGAAAUGAAGGAAGAUUUUCUGAAGCCACCUGAGAGAAUUUUCCACAAGAUUUACAUUCAAAGGCAUGACAAUGUCAGCAUUUUGUUUGCAGAUAUUGUGGGCUUCACAAGUUUGGCAUCCCAGUGCACGGCUCAAGAGCUAGUGAAGCUUCUGAAUGAACUCUUUGGGAAGUUUGAUGAAUUGGCCACUGAAAACCACUGCAGACGAAUUAAAAUCCUGGGGGACUGCUACUAUUGCGUGUCAGGACUGACCCAGCCCAAAACCGACCAUGCCCAUUGCUGUGUCGAAAUGGGGCUGGACAUGAUUGACACCAUCACGUCUGUUGCAGAAGCCACUGAAGUUGACCUCAACAUGAGAGUGGGCUUGCAUACAGGCCGUGUCCUGUGUGGGGUGCUAGGACUUCGCAAGUGGCAAUAUGAUGUCUGGUCAAAUGAUGUGACUCUAGCAAAUGUAAUGGAGACCGGAGGAUUACCUGGGAAGGUUCAUAUCACAAAGACGACCUUAGAGUGCCUCAAUGGGGACUACGAGGUAGAACCAGGCUUUGGACAUGAGAGGAACAGUUUCUUGAAAAAACAUAAUAUCGAAACCUUUUUUAUUGUACCAUCCCAUCGGAGAAAGAUAUUUCCUGGACUUAUUCUCUCAGACAUAAAGCCAGCCAAAAGAAUGAAGUUCAAAACAGUCUGCUACUUGUUGGUCCAGCUAAUGCACUGUCGGAAGAUGUUUAAAGCAGAAAUCCCAUUCUCCAAUGUCAUGACCUGUGAGGAUGAUGACAAGAGGAGAGCAUUAAGGACAGCCUCGGAAAAACUCAGGAAUCGAUCCUCUUUUUCUACAAACAUCGUAUACACCACUCCAGGAACUCGAGUAAAUAGAUAUAUCAGCCGUUUGAUAGAAGCCCGACAAACGGAGUCUGAGAUGGCAGACUUGAAUUUCUUUACCCUAAAAUACAAACAGAAAGAACGGGAAGAAAAAUAUCACCAGCUUCAAGAUGAGUAUUUCACCAGUGCUGUGGUCCUUUCACUGGUUCUAGCUGCCUUAUUUGGCCUUGUCUACCUUCUAAUAAUCCCACAGAGUAUCAUCGUCCUGGUUCUCCUGGUGUUCUGCAUAUGCUUCCUUGUGGCUUGUAUUAUGUAUCUACACGUCACACGAGUUCAGUGUUUUCCAGGGUGCCUGACAAUUCAAAUUCGUACUGUUUUAUGUGUUUUCAUCGUAAUUUUACUUUACUCUGUGGCUCAAGGAUGUGUGGUGGGCUGCAUGCCUUGGUCAUGGAACACUAAUUCCAGCAGCUCCUUAGUGAUCAUUUCUUCUGGAGGAAUGAAUAAGACAAGGAAUGUCCUGCCCUGUGACACAGCCCAUCAUGCAUUCCUUUCCUGCAUUGUGGGGACUUUGACGCUGGCAAUAUUUCUCCGUGUCUCUUCAUUGCCAAAAAUGAUACUUCUCUUUUUAGUUACAGUCUUAUAUAUACUGGUUUUGGAGCUCAGUGGGUACAGAAAAGCAGUGGGGGGUGGCACCUUUUACCUCCGUGGAUAUGAACCUAUAUUAGCUAUUUUGCUGUUUUCUUGUGCUUUGGCCCUUCAUGCCAGGCAGGUGGACUUGAAGUUACGUCUGGACUACCUCUGGGCUGUGCAGGCAGAAGAAGAGAGAGAUGACAUGGAGAGAGUGAAGCUGGACAAUAAGCGGAUUCUCUUCAACCUUUUGCCGGCCCAUGUUGCGCAACACUUUCUUAUGUCCAAUCCCAGGAACAUGGACCUUUAUUACCAAUCCUAUUCACAAGUGGGUGUGAUGUUUGCUUCCAUUCCAAAUUUCAAUGAUUUCUACAUUGAACUGGAUGGCAAUAACAUGGGAGUGGAGUGUUUGCGCCUCUUAAAUGAAAUUAUUGCCGAUUUUGAUGAGCUCAUGGACAAAGAAUUUUAUAAGGACCUAGAAAAGAUCAAGACAAUUGGAAGUACAUAUAUGGCAGCGGUGGGACUGGUGCCGACCACAGGAACCAAGGCCAAGAAGUCAAUUUAUUCACAUCUGAGCACACUAGCUGAUUUUGCAAUAGAGAUGUUUGAUGUCCUUGAUGAAAUCAACUAUCAAUCUUACAACGACUUUGUCCUUCGUGUUGGCAUUAAUGUAGGUCCAGUAGUGGCCGGUGUUAUUGGUGCCAGGAGACCUCAAUAUGAUAUCUGGGGAAACACUGUAAAUGUUGCCAGCCGAAUGGAUAGUACUGGAGUGCAGGGGAAAAUUCAGGUCACAGAAGAAGUCCACCGAUUGUUAAAGCGUUGUAGCUAUGAAUUUACUUGUCGAGGGAAAGUCAGUGUCAAGGGAAAAGGUGAAAUGUUGACCUAUUUUCUGGAAGGAAAAGCAAAUGGAAGUAAUUCCCAAACCAGGUCCUUAAACUUAGAGCGGAAAAUGUAUCCAUAUGGGAAAUCAAACAUUCAGACAAAACUGGGCACCAGCUGCCCUUCUGUCUCAUCUGUGGCUAGCUUUACAGUCAAAGCUGGGAUUGGAGCCCUGCAGACAGCAGGCACCCAUACCAAUCCAACGCUCCAUUACCUUCCUUCUGUGCCAGCUGUGAAAGAAGCCUAGACGAGUACCAUUGCAAGUGAACUCAUAAAGUAUGAAUACUUUCCAAGGGGAUUUAAGGUCAUAGGUUGUGGCAUCAACCAUGGAUCCAAUCUAACACAACCAAAGAAAGCUAGGAAGCUCCGUAGAAGAAAACUUGGAAUGGAAGCGAUAAGGGCUAACCAUUGUGUUAGGACAAGAAUAAUGCAGAUUUUCUGAAAAUAAGGAAAAUUCUCUUGGACUUUUAAAAAGGUAAAUGGUUUACUUAAGAGAUGUGUAUAAAUGAUAAUGUAUGUGUGUAUAUAUCCUAACUCUAUAUAAACACAUAUACACUCACACUCCUAUAUAUAGGCAGAAACAUUUAUAUAGAUACAUGCAUUUAUUUAAACCUUAUUCGCAAAGGCAUAAGGGAGCUAUGUCUCAUCUUCAUAUCCAUUAUUGUUUGGUCUGAGUUGGGUCUAAAAUUUUGAUGAAGGAUAUAGGAUAUUAGGAACAUAUUCUGGGGUUAUAGCAAGAACAAUGAAAGUUUUGCUCAGAGUUUGAAUUAAUAAACAAGCCUAAAAAAAUCAGCAGCUUUAUCCAAGAUUGAACUAAGCCAAUUCCCAAACAGCUGCAUCUGCUCACUCUAACUUGCCUAUUCCAACCCUGGAAAACUUCCAAUCUGCAUCACAUUUAGUACAAUAAGUCAAAAUUAGGUUUAAAAAAGUCUGGACUCAGGACCUCAAUGGAAUACUGACAAAUACUUGAACCAUCUCUAAGCAUCUUUGCCCAGAUGUUGCCCCAUGAUCAAUCACAGGGUGCAGAUCAAGCCAGAGGUUCCAUGCUUCAGGUGCAGCAAUAGGCUAAUUAUAUUUAGGAUCCCCUUUUUCUUUCUGAAGGAAUAUUUGUUGCUGUUGGAUUUCUUCCAAAGGAAGCUCUUUGCUAAGGAUUAGAGAUUGAGGGGCUUCAUACCAAUUCAUCACCUUCUAUAAAUGUCAGUAGUAGUACUUACAUGCCUUGCCAAUGAUUUUUUUUUACUUUGAUGACUUUUUGCUUCUUGUAAAGCCCUCCAAACUCACUUUUUAAAUGUCCAGUGUUAUUGUUCAAAGUAAAUAAGGAGACAAAUCUCAUUUCUCAUCUUUUUCAUGUAUGAUUUUUAAGUUCCUAUGAGUUGAACAAUAUGUUACUUUGUUUUGUUUUGGAGAAAAACAAACACACAGCAUUUGGGAAGUUUAUGUUAUCAGACAUCUUGUUUGUCUAGAAUUCCUAAUCUUUCUGAACAGACAAUUUUAGAUUAAGGAAAUUAUUUUAAGACCAGAAAACGGUGUUCUAUCCCGAAGUUCCAGAAACCUAUGUUAAAGCAAAAUAGUGAUAAUAGUUGAUUUCUAUAGACUUGACAUAUGCAUCUUUGUAGAGUUAUCGAAUUCAUUAAAAGUCAGAGAUUAUUCAGGACAUAAACUAGCUCAGAAGGGCAAAACUGUAAUAGAAUAAACAAGCAGAACAAACUGAAGCCUGUAUGAUUCUCAGCCCAAGGAGGUUAUCUAAAUUAGGGAGUAUUUGGAAAACAUGAAAGGUCCAGAGAGUUAAUCAGGGUUUAGAGUUACGGAUGUCAGAGAGUCUAUAGGAGAAGCACUAGCAAAUAGGGUUAUGGCAGCCUUGGUCCCAAGAGAUGUUACUUCUAGGCUGAAAGAGGUCAGAGGACUACAGCUGAAUCUUACCACUUAUUAAGUUUAAUAUUCUGGCAAUACUCAUAGAAACUUCUCUUCCAGAAAAGAGUGUGUGUGUGUGUGUAUGUGUAUGUGUAUAUAUAUACAUACACAUACAUAUAUAUGCACAUAUGUAUAUACACAUACAUACACACAUAUAUACAUAUAUAUGUAUGUAAAUCUGUUUUGGAGUUUGAUGUUUUUAUGUUUGGUACAAUGGAAAGUCUAGAUAUUUGUAUAAAUAUUAUUAAUAUUUUGUGGGUUCUCAAGAUAAGUCUUUUGGAUGACAACUCUAGCAGUUUGUUGGUAGUAAGAUACUCUAUUGUAUUCAUUUGGAUCUAAAGAUAUCUCUAAUUCUUCUGCUUACCCCAUGUCAGGAGAAAAAGAUGGGAAGGAAUGAUCUUCCUAGUGACUAGGUUGUUAUGGUUGAGAAUGAGGAGGGAAAUUAACUUUGAAUGAUUUUUUGGGGAGGGGAGGAAUUCAGGAAUGCAAACUUGAAGGCAACAGGGAAAUUAUGAGAAAGUAUAUGUAGUAUACCAGUAUGUGAUAAAAUUGUAUGGAGGUAAAAUCUAUCAGGGAAACAUGGAAUCAAAAGGUCACACAACCAGUAAAUGGCAGAGUUAAGAUUUGAAUCUCAAUUCUCCUACAAACUCUUCUGCAAUACUUUAGUUUGAUAAAAAUGCUAAUCCAUUUGGAGAGGUAGGAAGUGAUGUCAAGUCCUUAAGAAAGAUCCUAUUUUUACUAUAGUAAUCUACCUUGGAGCCAUAGUAAUAAAGCCAUACAGCUUGGAAUUACAAUGUCACAAGAACACAUAGCUUCUGGGGUGGAAUUGUAACUUCAAGUGGAGCUAAAACUCCCACCCAGAGUUCUUUCAGGCUCUGAGGAAUACUUGGGUCAUAUAGCAGAACUUGGCAUGUCUAUAUGUAAAGAUGGGCAUCCUAGGUGACAUCUAGAAAAUUGUCAGCUAUCAGAAAGCAUGUGGGUAGUAUAUCAUCUACAAGGUGACUUUCCAUCUGAAGUCCCCACCACUACUCUCACCACCCUGCCUGUCAAAACAUCACCCUUAUCAUUCAUAAGCUACCAGGUAACUAGUACACCAUUGGGAAGUUAAGUUCUUUAAAGAAAUAUGAUCAAGAAUGCAUGGGACAAAAAAAAAAGAAUGCAUGGGACAGGAAGGAAGAGGGAAGGGAACAUUUCUUACCAUGGAUUUUCCUAUUGAUGGCUCAUGAUAAUUUAAACUUAUUGCUGUGUAGCUUACAGUGGUGUCUUUAUUCUGGAAAACAAAUCAAAUUUUAGUUGGGAUACUUGUCUAGAUAGAUAGUUCUGUGGGUUAGUGGCCAGCUAAUAGAUAAUGAAUGUUCAUGAGUAAAACAAAUGAAUUUGGGGGCAUUUCUUGUUAAGAUGCUUUUACUUUAAUACUUCUGUUUGGUUGUUCUGCUUUUGAAAGUUGGGGAGAGGAAAUUUUAAUGUGGAGUCAGGAUGAAAAUAGGAGUAGUGCUUACUAAAUUGUAAAUUCCUUGACAUUUUUUAUUCAUCUUUUUGUUCCCUACAGUGCCUAGCACAGUGCCUUGCUUAUUGGAGGUGCUCAGUGAAUGGCUAUUGAAUGAAUGAAUUCAUUAUAGAGUUGAGCAAAGAAAGUUUAAUUUGUUAGAGUUUAUUUAAAAUAAGGGUCUUCAAUAGAACCACAGUAUGUUUCACAAUUCAGAAAAAAACAACUCAAUAGAAUCCUGGUAGAACUUGACAAUCAGGAAAGCUUGUGUGAAUAAAUAUUGCAAUGAUUUCUUGAGGGAAGAAGUAUCAUUUAUCCAACUGGGUUGCAUUUUCCUCCACAAGUGUGUGAGGUAGAAGAGUUCAUCUGGACCACAAAAGAUCUUUGAGGGUGAAUAGACCCAGUCAAGGGAAGUUCAUACACAGGCUUAAAUAUAAGUACCACCAAAAAUUGUUCAAGUAGGAAAUUGCAUGGGUAGAUGAAGAAAAGAAGUAUUAAUGGAGUCAGAUUAUUUAGGAUCCCAUCAAAACAAACAAAAAUGACCAAUUUCAAAGCCAAGAAGUUUGAUCUAAAGUCCAAGGGGAUAAGGUGGCAUGUUUGUACCAAAACAUAGUCUGGUUAAGUGUAUAUAAGGUAUUUCCAGUAAUAUCUAGGGAAUUGGCCCAAGAUACUUCAAUUGAAGGACACUUUAACAUCAGGGCAUGAGUUGUAGUAGGACAAAGCUGUUCAGAAGGAGCCAGAAUUGGAGUCCAGCUAAGAAAGAGUGUUUCAGCAAAGAACAAAAAGAUGCAUUUGGAACUAAAUAUGCUUUAUUUUUUCCUGAGUUGUUGGCAACCUCUGCUUGAGUUAAUUCAGAUGAGUCGAGUCAAUAUUUGAAAUUUCAUCUUAAAUAGUAGAUUUCUCUUUACAUAACAAGAGGCCCUUAUAUUAAGUUUUCCCAUUUUAUUGUUAAUUUUAUUUCAAUAAGUUAACUCUUUUCAUCCACACGUUCUUGUUUUUUUUUUCUUGUUGUUUUACCUUCUUUCCACCUAUAACUCAUGUGAAUUGUAUUUAUGAAGAGGAUAUAGUUAUAAUGAACAAUCAGACAUGGUUCACAAAUGCAUGAAUUCAUAUUAACAUUGGGGAAAUAUAUCAUCUAUUGUAAUACUCUAUUAACAAUGAUGAUAUAUCCCAAUAGCAUAUUUUAGUGGUAGAAAUUUUGUAAUCAGAGGUAGAAAAAAAACUAAGGUAUAGAGACAAAUUAUGAAUUCCUUUCCUUCUGUGCCCCAUUAGGAAAUUCCUACCUUACUCUCUUCUUGGCCUAUUCAGGGCGACUCCCACAUCUCUUAAGAGGGUCCUCAACCCCAUAUUGAGGAGGGCACAGGUGAACCAGGCAUCAAGUUCUCUAGUAAGUCAGGCUUGGAUAGUACAGCCCUUCUGUAAGUGGGGCUUGGACCCUGGGCCACCCACAAGAUUCAGCAAUGUUGCCUUUUUCAUCUCAGCCACCUGACACCAGCAACCUAGCCCUGGGGCUUAAAUUUCUUCCACCUCUUUGUAGCACCUCAUUGUAACAUCCUACCCCUCUUCCUCUUCCCCACCCCACCCACUGUAUAUCAGAUAUAUGACAGCUUUUUGUAAUUCAAACUCUGACUUAAUGGAUUGCUUCUUCUUGCUAUAACACCUAUCAAAGGGAGUAUUCUUUUCUUUAUAGUCAUGACAUUUGAUCAGAGAAGGACAGGAAUAACCCCUCUAAGUUGAUCUGUAUUCUUAAAACCUAGAUAACAUUCCAGCUUGAGGAAGCCCUCCCAUCCUCCCCAAAUAGGUGCCAAUUCUGACAAGAUGUUUUUGUAGGAUGUCUAUUGCAAGCACAAUGUUUCACUCUCAUUUGCAUGAUUUCUCUUCAAAUGAUAGUGAUGAUGAAUAUCUUUAUACCAGAAGAUGAGAACUCUUCAGACUCUUAUUUGUUCUUCAUCAUUUCUGUCCCAAUUCUUCCUUCCUUAUAUUUGGGACUAUUUGCAAACCAUUAAUUUCUCAGAAAUUUUUCCCACCAAGUUUUUAUAAUCUUGAAACUACAAAAUAAUAUUCAAUGAAGUUCUUGAAUAAAUACUUCCAAGAGUUUUAUAUGCUAAUGAUAUAUGAACAGAAUACUUCAAAUAGAUAAACUGUAUAUAUUUUCUCUGAAAAUGUCUCUCAUGAGCAUUGGAAUAGCAACUAUUGUUUGGCUGAAUGCAUCCACAUCCCCUUACAUUUUUUUUGUUUUACAUUUUAGCUCUUCCUUUCCUUUUUUUUUUUGUUUUUGUCUUUUUUAGUGAGGCAAUUGGGGUUAAGUGACUUUCCCAGGGUCACACAGCUAGUAAGUGUUAAGUGUCUGAAGCCGAAUUUGAACUCAGGUCCUCCUGACUCCAGGGCCAGUGCUCUAUCCAAUGCGCCACCUAGCUGCCCCCAUUUUAGCUCUUCCUAAAAUCUCAGAGAGCCUAUUCUAUGAUCAUAUUGAAUGUGUGUGUGUUUUUCAAUAUUCUGCCAAUACAGAGACUAUGGUUGCGUCUUUAAAAACAACUAAUUCAAUCAUUCUGAGAACAUGUAGCCUAUUGAAUCUAGAAAGAAGAGGGAGAGAAGGAGGGAUGGAGGGAAAGGGGGAGAGAAAGAGAGAUGUAGGAGGAAAGAAAGAAAGUAGGAAAGAAGGAAGAAAGGACUCAUUCAUUUAAAGAAUUAUUUGAUGGUUUGAUUGAAUUUGUUGGUCAAAGAGGCAAUGUGGCAUAAUAGUUAGAAAGAUGACUCCAGAAUCAGUAAGACAUGAGUUCAAAUCCUGCCUCUGGCACCUACUGGCUAUGCAACCCUGGGCAAGUCACUUCUCAGUGCCCCAGGCAGUAGCUCUCUAAGACUGUAAUAUAUAGAGAGGUGCCGAUCUGCACUGGUUGAGAGUUUCCUUGCUGGGAGUUACAUAUGCCAAUAAAAUCAUAGAUCUGUCUCCCUUUUCCCUUGCUUCUCCCCAAAUUGGUCAAUUCAGGUGUAUGGUUGGAUGUAUGCAUGUGUGUGUGUGUGUGUGUGUGAGACAACAAGUGAAGAAAUGAAGAAGUCAUGUAAGAAAUGCCAUUAAGAAUAUGUUGACUCCAUUUUUGCUAAUGUUUGUAGUUCCUUAGGUAUAUCUUGGACAUUUUUUGGAAGCAAAAAGAGCUCUUCCAGUAAACGACUGUUCUAGGGCACUAAAACUGUAGCCUAGUGACCCUUAAGAGUGAAUAUAGCCUUAACAGUUAAUGGGGGCAAUGAUGUCUAAUGGCAUCCUAGAAAAGAGCUCAAGUUAUUGUGGAAUCUGACUCAAUAGGCUACUCAGCCUAGAAUGUUUGCAGACACAAAAGCCUCUUGACAUCACACUAGUAGGUGCCACAGACCACAAGCUCAAAACUGUUGAGCAUAAACAAUAGGAUUUCCAUUCCUGGAAAAGGGGAUGAGUGAUUCGCACGAGUAUGUUCACUUUAACAAACAACUUUCCUUUAUCAUCAGCAAUUCCAAGCUCUGUAUGGGCCCUGUUGGAACAGGAGCACUAUUUAGCCAUAAUGUCCUUUGGAGUUUUGUAUUGCAGUGAUAAGCAACAUUUUUUAAUUUGUGAUAAACUUGUAUGAUAUUGCCUUAUUUAUUUUUAAUCUUGUACAGUGUUAUUGUACAAAUGCCGGCCUUUAAUGUAUUAUUCACUUUAAAGAAUUUAUUAUAAAAAAUGUAAAUAGUUUAUCAAUUAUAAGUAAUUGCAUGUCCAAUUGUACCAAAAACCCACACAUAAUAUUGACAUCGUGAUUUCUCUCUCUCUCUCUCUCUCUCUCUCUCUCUCUCUCUCUCUCUCUCUCUCUCUCUCUCACACACACACACACACACACACACACACACGGCACACUUUUAAUGGAUGUUGAUGGUUUUUUAUAACAGAGGUUUUACACCUGCAUGAUGAUGACUAGCUCUUUGGAAAUGGCUGUUCUUUGUGCUCCUCUUUGCAACCUCUUGCAUGCCACUCAUGCCUGAUGUAAGUGACAAAGCAAAACAAAAUCCAGGAUGUCUCUAAAGUGCUAGAACAUAUCACUUUUGACACUGAGUGUCCCCAGUCUGUGCACGUGCAUUCAACUGAGCAAAUUUUGAAUGAAAAUGCUAGCCCAGAAAAAAGCUCCCCUGCUGCCAAUAAUUUCAUUGUUACAUCCAUAUCAUUGGUAUUGUAAAAGCCAUCUGUUGAAAAUUCACACCUUCAAUCAGUAGAAGCAAUAAAUUUAACUCUUUACACUGUAACAUAAAAUGAAUGGAAAUGCUGAUCGUGUAAACAUUGCAAACAUUUAUUGGAUGCUGAGGACUCCUUCAUUUGACAUUGGACAAGUAUCAAAGAAAGAAGUAGGGAUGUUACCCAGGUACGCUAUUUCAAGCGAAUAGUAUAAUUAUUGUAUCUGAAACAAAAACACAGCAGAAACAUUUGAUUCAUUGCACAUGUGUUCACACACAUGCAUGCAUACUGACAUACAAACACACACUCAAAUUCAUCAGUUCCUAUGCAGUUCUGAGCAGUUCAUAUUAAACCAAUGGGCAUGGAUUGUGGAAGCCAGAAUUUGGCUCAGAAUUUUCAUUAGUUGUUCCUAUUUAAAUUUCCAUUGAGAAGCUUGUGUUUAUAAGCUUCCAAAAUCUCUCAAAUUAACUUUCCAACUUGCUUCCAAUAGAGACCCACAAGAAAACAUUCUGGCAUUAUUUCUUUUCCCCCAAAGCUACCAUCUCUCUAGUACUUCUCAUGGGCCUCUGAUUUAUGUUGUUUAUGAAAAAAAAAUGAAAAUAGGUUCAGUAUGUACUUUAGGAGGGUAUGAUAUAAGACCAACAAAAGUUCAGAAUGGAGGUUGGAAUUUAUGAGAGUAAAAAUUCUCUAGUAUGCAUAAUUAAGUUAAUAGAGAUUUCUUUCUUGAUCAAAAUAGGUUUGAGUUUAUCAUGUGAAAUAUUGAUUGUGACACUGUAGUUCAUUUUUCUAUGAUUUAAAGUGUGUCUAAUGAAGCAGAUCCUCUGGAGUUCCUCUUGCUUGGCUCAGUCUACACUCUGCCAAAAAGCUCUGAUAAAUUCAGCAAAAAAAAAAAAAUUCCAUUAUCCAAGUUUAAUCUACCUGUCAUGAGACAAUGUGUUAAGGAGAGUGGUUGGGUAAACAAAAUACACUAUUUGUCUUUGGUGCCUCUGAUGUUUUUGUUCAUCAAAUUUUAGAGCUGACAAAGACCUUAAAGACAAUAGUUCCACACCCUCAUUUUACACAUGAAGAAACAGAGUCUCCAAGGGACAAAAUGACUUGUCUAAGGUCAUGUAGCUAGUUGUAAACCCAGCCCUUGGCCCUAAAUUUAAGAUGGAUGAUCAAGGACACUCCUGACUGCUCUCAUCACUGGAAUAUGUAUAUAGUAGUGAUCUAUGAUCUAAAUGGCAUUCUUUCAGAUGCCUUAAAAGAUUUAAUGUAGCUUUCUAAACUCUUAACUUAAUAUAGGUAUGAAGGUAAGGUGGGAGUAGAGAACCAUUUUAGAUUGGGUCUUGUUUAAAAUAAACAUAGUAACUUGUUGAAAGUUAGAAAUUUUUACUUUAGGAAGUAAAAAUAAUUGCAUGAUGAAAUAAAUUAUACUCAAAAUAUGUCUUAGGACUGUACUUAAAAUUUCUUCACUGAACUAAUCAUAAAGAUUGAACUUUCAAAAAACAAAACAAAACAAACAGAAAAACAUGACUAUUGUCCCUUAGAGUAGGGUUCACAGUAUGGUACAAUGAAAAGAAGUGAUAAAUUGUCAUUCAAAGGAUCUGGGUUCGGGGCGGCUAGAUGGUGCAGUGGAUAAAGCACCGGCCCUGGAUUCAGGAGUACCUGAGUUCAAAUCCGGCCUCAGACACUUGACACUUACUAGCUGUGUGACCCUGGGCAAGUCACUUAACCCCCAUUGCCCCUCAAAAACAAAACAAAACAAAGGAUCUGGGUUGAAACCCCAAGUCUGUGGUUGAUCUGACCUAUGUGAUCUUUGCCUAAUAUCCCUUUGCCUCACUAGGCCUAAAUCUUCUCAUCAGUAAAAUAAGGGGACCUGUUCUAGAUGAUCUCUAAGGCACCUUCCAUAUCUAAGUUUUGACUAGAUUGACUUUACAGCCUAUGGUCAAAAACUACAUGGGGAAAUCAGUAUUAUCAGUUGGGCCUCCCUUUUUAAACUCUAUAUCCCUUCCUGGGAAAAAAAUAGUACUUUCCAGUUUGAUCAGCUCCCUAAAUAACCAGAAUCAUCUUUGACUGCCUUUUGGCUGAUUCAUAUCACCCAAAUGUACCAUCAAAGAAUGAGAACUUGUUGCUUUUGAGGUUGUAUUUGGAUUUUUCCAAGACUGAAAUCAAUGAGUUCCAAAAAAUGUUUAUAGCAAGAGUGGCACAGUUACAAUAAUAUUAUCACCUCUCAAGAAGACUACAUUGAAAGAAUAACUCAUUUGUAUUUAUAAGUUCUAGUGAAUGAUUCAAAGAAAUCCAGAGUCAAUGUCCAUUUUAAAAUAAAAUAUGUAUUUCAAAAUUGAUGAAUUCAAUAUAGUAUGCUAAAAUGAAGUUAUAAUAGGGCAGUCAAUUCUGGGCAUGAUUUUUUUCUCUUCCCCUUUUAAGAUACCUGGCUGCCUGCUAUGGUUUUAUAUGUUUAUUUGUUUUGUGGUUCUAGGUGCAGCUGAAUGUUGUGAUGCUGUUUGGCCUUACAGCUUAGUGCAUGACAUCACCAGGUUUUUGGAGGGAUGGAAUUGUUUCUGCCUAUGCUCCAUGAGAGUUUUUAAGACUUUGUAUCUUAGAACUACCUAUCGAGUUGUGCUAUACUUAGGGUAUUAAAAAAAUACCACUCCAGUAAUGAACUAGUAGAUUAUAAGAAGGUUAAGAGACACUGGAAGACAUCUUAGGAAUAUAUGGAGACUCAGAUCAGAUGUUGGAAGUUCUGCAGAAUAAAUAAAAAAUGAAACAUGCAAACUUCCCCAACAUUUUUAGAGGAACCUCAGAGCUAUCAUAGAGUCUAGAAACCAGGUCCCUAUAGCUAUUCAGUAUAUAGCUGAGUGUUCAUAACCAUUUGCAUCACCAUAUUGACACAAGACCGUCCAUCAACUAUUUUAUUCAUUCCCAUUUCACACUGCUAUUUACUCUGCUCUCCUACUUCAAUUUGUAUUUCCAGUAAUGCAUUUGUCAGGUGUCAGGUGUCAAGGGCAUGAGUUUAAAAAGGAAGCAGUGAUGAUGGAAGAGAUGAACAGAAACCAAAGCACAAACAAAGGUUAGAUCUCUAGUCUCCAAAGGGAAGUAAAACUGUCAAGGAUAGAAAGAGGCUGCCCAAUGAGGGAAAGAAAAGAAAGGAGGUAAUGAGAAAUUAUGCAAGAAGCAACCCUAUAUAGUCCAUGCAAAUUACAAGUAAAAGGGCAGCUAGGUGGCACAGUGGAUAAAGCAUGGGCCCUGGAUUCAGGAGUACCUGAGUUCAAAUCCGGCCCCAGACACUUGACACUUACUAGCUGUGUGACUCUGGGUGAGUUACUUAACCAUCAUUGCCCUGCCAAAAAAAAAUACAAGUAAAAGAUGAAAAAUAUCAAAUCAUGAUUAUUAAUUUUGCUUCUCUUUGAACAUAAUUUCUAUGCCUCAUUGAUUCUUAGUAUGUGGCAUUCUGGCAUUCAUUUUUUUUUAAAUCCUGGAAUCCAACAUAAAAAUCCCAGUGCUAAUGAUAAAGGAGGCUGUACUGACCAGAAGAUAUUUCUAUAGCAGUGGGUUAUGCCUCAUUUCUAUCCCCUCAUCCCACUGGGUAUUAAUAAGGACUAUUCUCAAACACAAUCUGUCUUAUGGAAGUGUGUGAAAAGUGGAUUUUUUCCCAGAUGUAUUCAUCUGAAAACAGCUGGGAAAAAAAAGAAUCAAGCAAACAGUAUAAAUGACUUUAAAAUGAUGAAUGAAACCUUGCCCCUUCUCUCUUUUAAAGAAACACUGUCAUGUUUCACUUCUAUCUAAUAUCACCUGUUCAUGCCAAGAUCAGAAUAGCAGGCUCUGAUCUUUAGACUUUGGCUACUUGAUGGAUGUUGAACUUUUAAGUGUUCCAAAUGUAACAGCCUAUGCCUUUCAAAACUUCCAGGUGUUCUGUGUUGUGUUUAAACUUUGUAUACUAGUUGUGUAUGCAUUAUCCUUCUUAGAGAAGAUUCACAGUAAAGGGACUAUAAGCAUUACUUUUUGAAUUCCACAGAUUUACAAAUCUCUUGGCUAUGCACAGUUAUAUUACUCAGCAUUUAAACUAAGUUUUACUGAUGUUGGGUAAUGCUGAUUAUUGGGCUUCUUUGCUCUGAAUCUAUGAUCAAUCUAAUGGCUAUUUCAUGGAGGGCAUUUCCCUGAGGUUUAAGAUGAUAGGCAGUGAUAGCUAUUUAAAAAUUGGGAUAGGAUUGGGAAGAUAAUAGAAUCAGGAGCCACGCACAAUGGUUUUUGUGUCCAUAGGUGUGAAGUGGUAAAUGAAGGAAAUUAUCUAAGCAAUUUCAGUCCCCUAAUCUGUUUUUAAGGACACACAAGGUUUAGGAACAUAAUUGCCCAUAUUAAUUGUAACUGGUUAAAUGAAUCAUGAAAUAACUCCCCUCAUUUUGAUUUACUGCUAUAGACAUAGCUGGCAAGUUUAUAGGAAAAAAGGAUAAUGGUCAUAUCUACACCUGGCUCCCAAACUGGACUAUGGCAGAGCAACCAAUCUUAACCUUUUGGCUGCCUUCACCCGGAUAGACAGAAUCAUGCAACAACUUGUACUGAUUGUUAGGAUGGAGGAAAAUAAAUAGGUUAUCUGUGGUUCAUUAAUUUAAUACCUCCCAAUCUCUAACUCAUAGCUAAAUUGGACCUGAGCCAUUAGUAUAGACCCAACAGUGAUAAGGUUAUUGACAAACACUGUUGCUGAGAGAAGAGACUAUGAACCUUAGAGAAUGUAAAGAUUUGCAAAGGUACGCUAGUAGAUUCCUCAUUAAAGAGACAAUGCUAGACAACAGAAGGCAGGGAAUUCAAAUGAAACUAAGAACAUUUUGUAACAAAACCAGGUGACAUCAUUGAUGCUUUAAAAAGCACACAAUCCAAUGCAAACCAUGUGUUCAGUAUAACUAGUUUUCAGUUGUGAGUUCCACAAAUACUAAAAGUAUUCCAUUUAAGUGCUUUCUCUUGUAAGUGAUUUUUAAAGUACACCUAGCCAAUGUAGAAGUAGUCAUACAGACUGUGAGCAGAAUGCCAAAUCAAAGGAAAGUUUAAAAAUAUCUAUUCAUUCUUAGCAUAUUUUAUCUAUCUAUGCAACACCACUAUUUGCAUAUUUGAAGAUGUAUACAAAUUACUUUUCACUUUUUCAUUUCAUAGACAUAGCAAGAAUCUUGUCUUUAACAAACUGACUUCCAACAUGAAAUCUUUCAUAUAUUAAAGAGUAUUUUUGCAUCAUAGUUUCAAUUAAGCAAGUAUGUACCUUCUAUAUACCAGUCACUGUGCUAUCUGCUGGGGUAUAUAAUGACAUAACAAAACAAAAACUCCUGCCUUCAAGGAGCUUAUAUUCUCCUACUCAAAAAUCUCUCCUCAUUUAAGGAGCUAUAUAUACUAUGAGACCAAAGUGAUAAACCAUUUCUCUCAGACUCUGUUGCUUUUUUUUUUUAGGAUGAAUCUAAUUUAUAUUUUAACACAUGCACAAUGAUCACCUUCAUUUGUAUGAUUUGUAUCAAGCUAAUUUUCCCACUUAGUGCCUUUUAACUGGUUAAUAUGCUGGAGACAUUCUUCCAAACGAAAUGCUCCUCAUGGGUGCUUCAUGAGGUCAGCAAAAUAAGAGAAAUUAUUUUUUUACUAUGAUUAAAAGUGAUUUGAGAGGAGGAAAAUCAUUUUUUAAUAAGGUUAUGACCAUAAACUAGUCAACUUCCUGAAGUGAUCAUUAAAUUGUCUUGAUUUGUUUCUAUUUCCAUUUGGUUGAGUAGGAUGUAAGCAAAGCAGUUGCUCAACUAUUGUUUCUACUUUUUGAUUUGGCCUCCUCCUCAGGUUCUUAACCUAAGCAAUUAAAAAAAAAUGUUCUAAAGGAUAGAAGUAAAAAAAAAAACCACUAUGUAUUUCUUGUUUUAUUGCUAAUUGGCAUUGAUUUCCCUCAUCCUACUUUCUUUUUCCCCCUUUGUUAAUUAGAGAAAACUUGACUUUGUUCUAUAUGUAUUUAUAGCAUUAAAACAAUUUCCAACAUUGCUUGAGCCACCAUAGUGGAGUGGACAAAGGGCCUGCCUUAGAUUCAGUAGGAAAUGAGUUCAAACAAUGGCUCUGAAAACUAUUAGGUAUGUGGCUCUGGGCAAGUCACUUAACCUCCUAAUACCCUUGGACAAUUCUCUAAGAAUGUAACCUAUUAUAGAAUAGCUAAUAAAAAAUGAGCACAGGAAGUUUACAGACUAUGUGUUAUUUCCACUGAGAUAAUCACAAGUCAAAUCAUAAGCUCCCUUUCCCCCACAAAAAAUCCAAAUACUUGUUAUGUAUGCCAGAGAACAGAAUGAAUACACACAUAUAUGUAUAAACAUGUAUGUAUAUGUACACAGUUUGGAUACAUAGAUAGCCCAAUGUCCUAUGGAAAAUGAAACAACCUCCACCUCCAUUUCAUUACCCUAACUGCCUAAAUUAUAAAUCAUAGAUAUAGAUUUGGAAGGGACCUUAGAGGUCAUUUAGCUCACAUACCCACUCCCCCCUCCACAUUUUAUAAAAGAAGAAACAAUACCAGAGAGUGACUUGCCUGUGGUCACCCAAGAUGCAAGCAUCAGUGACAGCAUUUGAACCCAAGUCUUCUGAGUUCAGAGCCAGUGAGGACUCUUUCUAUUAUAUACAUUACUGUCUUCUAUUUGUCUCUAUUAUAUAUAUAUAUGUAUAUAUGUAUGUAUGUAUAUAUGUAUGUAUGUAUGUAUAUAUGUAUGUAUGUAUGUAUAUAUAUAUAUAUUAGAUAGUCUGGAAGAAGGCAGAUAAAUAAUAUUUUAUUUUAUUGGUCUCACAAAAAAAAUGUUCACUUAGAAAGAAAUCGUAAUAUCUACCCAAUAGCAAAUGUUGUUUGCUAAAUUACCUAAAUUGCUCAAUAACUGCUAAGUCACUUAAAAUGUUUGUUUGGAUGGACUCUCUACUUAUCUUUGCAUGGCAAAACUGAAAUAGAACUUGUCUAUCCACUUGGAAUUCGCAACUUUCAGAAGCAUUCUCCUACAUCAAAGAAUCUCUUUUGGUAAAUGAGUAGCUAAUGGAAGCAAUACAAAUUGACCCUCCAGAAAAUUGUUGCUCCUUUGGAAGAGCACUAAGCACAAAUUUGACAGUUAUUAUGAACCUACACGCAAAUGUCCACAGAAAAUACAUCACACAUUUAAAGAUUCACCUUAGCAUAUUUCGGUUUUCCAGAGGCUACUCUGUUGACACCCUUGGACCUUGGCUGUGUUAUGGACCAAAAAUUAUCCCCCUUGAUUAUCUCUGUUUUGACAGACAUAUUAUUCAUGUUUUGGUAGGAAAGACCAGAGAGCAUCAAUGUUAACAUUGAUUUCAAACCACAAUGUAGCAUUUCCUCUACCUCUUGUUACAUAUAGAAAAUUUCCCCUUCUAAAAUAAGAAUGUUUCACAGGAGGAUGACCAAUCCUCUGAAUAUAAUGUGUGUGUAUAUAUACACUAACAUAUAUACUUACCUAUAUAUGUAGGGUAUACAUAUAUAUGCACACAUAUAUAAUACUCUUUGAACUCUCAUCAUAUGUGACAUCUAAUCAGAUGCUAUCACAGCAGGGAUUUUCAUUUGUAAAACUUCUAAGAAACAAUAGAAUGAAAUAAUGUUUCCUAUAGAAAUGACACUUUCUUUCCCUCCUAAGCAUACAAUAUUCUAAAAUGAAUUAUUGGCUCACCCUGUUCAAAUUCAGUAUGUGGCACAGCUAUCCAUUUUUCCAGCGACAUGGGGGAUGAAAACUGUCCAGUGGGUAUUCCUAUCUGCGCCAGGACUGAAAAGGAAAUUCUACACUCAUUUCCAUUUACAGAGGCACUUCAAGUAUAGAUUUAUUGUGCCUUAGCAUCAAAUCCAUUAAUUAAAACAACAAGGCUUGAUUUUAAAAUAUUU